UCCGCUAACGAUCCCAUACUUAGUAUAUAUUGGACUGCUGUUCGCAACAGUAGCGUCUUUUUCUCAUAGAGCUGGGCACUAUAAGAUAUUCAAAAUGAAAUGUUUCGGCGUGCUUGGCCUGGUUGUGUGUAUAGCAUUACUCGAAAUGGUAAAAUCUUCGGAACUGGAAAUGGAUCAAGAAGCGCUAUCUUCAGAAGGAGGCGAGAAACGAAAGUCGAAUGGGAAUAAUUUCGGGAAACGAGCACCAAAUAUGAAAAAUAACUUCGGGAAAAGACCUGACAAUGACGAUAUCUUCAGAAAUUUCGCUGGCGAAGAAGCCGAGAAACGAAAGUCGAAUGGGAAUAAUUUCGGGAAACGAGCACCAAAUAUGAAAAAUAACUUCGGGAAAAGACCUGACAAUGACGAUAUCUUCAGAAAUUUCGCUGGGGAAGAAGCCGAGAAACGAAAGUCGAAUGGGAAUAAUUUCGGGAAACGAGCACCAAAUAUGAAAAAUAACUUCGGGAAAAGACCUGACAAUGACGAUAUCUUCAGAAAUUUCGCUGGGGAAGAAGCCGAGAAACGAAAGUCGAAUGGGAAUAAUUUCGGAAAACGAGCACCAAAUGUGAAAAAUAACUUCGGGAAAAGACCUGACAAUGAUGACAUCGUUGAUGAUUUCGCUGGGGAAGAAGCUGAAAAACGACAGACGAAUGAGAAUUAUUUCGGGAAAAGAGCGAAAUUGGGAGAUAUUGUGGACGAUCUAGAUAUUGGUUACAUGCCUUCAUGUAGUCUUGUGCUUUGUGAUCUUACUGACGAAGACUGUUUAGCCUUCAAAGAUAUUCCGGUAUAUCGUGAAUAGGGAACGUACAAUGACGAAAAACAGUAGAUGGUCCAGACCCUACAUAAUCGGAAUGGCAAACACGUCAAUGGUACAGUACAUAUAAUCCAGCAAAGAGUAUCAAUUUCGAAUUGAAGGAAUCGAGACAGUCUACAAACUAUUCACGACAAAUCAGCACUAGCAUGGGACCUGGGACAUAUAAUUAAAAAGUCAAUUAGUUCGUAAAUUAGUUAUUUAUUUAUUUUUAUUGAGACACCGCUUGGUAUACCUAAUUCAUACGUUGUCCCUAACGGUGGUUGAAAUGCAACAUCUGAUGACAUCAACAACGUCUUACAUGUCCUCUCGGCGAUCAUGUCUUUAGUCUCAAGUACCAUUCUUGCACGAAGGUGGGCUAAAUGUGUUUGUAAUCAAGAAUGUAAGGGCAUAUAGCGAGAAAAACAACGUAUACGCUCUUCGCCAUAAGUCGUGUGUAUUUAUUUAUUUAUGUAAAGAACAAACAAAGCCGUGUGUUUUUCUUGGCAGCUAAAUAAAUGAUUGCGUAAUCAACUACAACUAUUGAAAUUAUAUGAUUAUACUUUUUGCGCGGUCGAUAUCUAUACUGUGGGCAAUGUUCAUUGCAUUUAUUCAGAUUACGUCAUUUCCACUUAUUCACUUGUGAAUUACGAAAAGUUGUGUUUGUAACAUUCCAAUUGCGGGCAAAGCUUUAAUAAAUGUUUGUUUUGAAAACCUUA